CACCGACAAAAGACCUCCACAAUUCCUGGCUCUCUAAGGAGGAGCAAACGUAAAUCUUUUCGUUAAAGAGGCGUCACGAGUAAAUGUUUAGAAGCACUGAUAUAGUUCUUUAACAGCCUUUGAUUUAUCGACAUUUUAUCAAUUCCAUUUGAAACCUUGUUUACAGUUUACGUGUUCCCCCUCUGUGCCAUCCAAUGCUGUCAUGCUUGGUUCUCCUUCUGUCUCCCUUUGCUAGUGCAGAUGUCUGGUCAGACUAGAGUGGGGCCACAUUUACAAUGAAAAAUAGUUCUCAGUUCUUAUUAAAUCCAAAGCUUCAAAGUUGCCUAAAGAGCUUUAACCAAUAUUUACACAUGUUGAAUUAGUGUCUAAAUUACUACCUUGUGAGUGAAUGUCUUAUUGUGACCUUUUAGUAACACUGUAUAGGGUGACAGUAACUACUUUCUAGAAUCAUAUACACUAAUGGCCAACAUUUUCCUGAGAGUAUUAUUGCUUCUAUUCAGCCUCGACAUCCUUAGGGUUAACAGCGAUGUUGACCUUAUGUCCACGUUGACUUACUUCUGGCCAUUCUGCAAUGACUCCAUGGCCUUUGAGAUAAAGUACCAGUUCGAUGCUGAUAAACCCAAGAAAGGAUCCUGCCCUCUUCUGGAUAUUGGCCCACCAGAACUUCCAGUCAAUGUUUUCCUUUUCGACGACGACCCUAAAAAUGUUGCCACCAUCAGGAUGAAGUCUUACACUGGACUAUGGGAUGAUCUGGGCCUAGUUUUCAGGAUCUCGCCGGAAACAAAUCAAGGCGUCAUUCUAGAAUAUGUUGCAGAAAAAGUUAAAAAAGAUACUGUCAACUCUGUGACUGUUGAACUACAAAACAACUGUAUUCUGGUCACCAUUGGUUACGACGACGGCACUCAGGAUGUAGGAUUAUCCCGAACUCGAAUAGAGCUCUGGAGUUGGGCUGUAGUGGCCAUCAGUAGGGCUAAGAGUUCUGGACAACUAGUCAUACAAGUUGGACUUUCUGUUCAGGUUAUUAACACCACUGCUCCAACGACCUUGCCCUUCAAUGAUGAUGGGAAGCUCUACGUGUCCUACACUUCUGACGCUAAGAAGACAUUUUUUCAAGGACGCUUCUGCUGUCUAGCAAUGUUCACCAGCGUGAUCCCCAUCGGUACUGACCCUCAGACCAUUAUCUCUCUCUUCAAAGAGAACAACUGGCCUGGACAGGCACCAGGAGUCAAAAGUUCGUGCCCUCUUGGCGUGGAUUACAGGGGACCGCCGGUUGUAAAGCUGUGGCCCCUUCAAACUGGUCCCACUUCUAGCUUUGCCUAUGACGUGGUAGAAGGAAGCGGUCCUCUGGCACCUCCAGAUUUUAAUUGUUUCCGUUCGAGAGAUGUAUUUGAUUACACAAAUACUUCUGUUGGAUACCUAGAUGGCUCAGUCUUCUCAUACCUGACUCUGCCUGUUAGUCAACCAGCAAUAGCCACUGACCUGACGAUUGCCAUUUUUGUCAGGCCGGACCCUCCUGUUGAGGGUUUGGUAUUGGAAUUCGACUCCUAUUCUCAGAAGCCUGACGUUAUCAGCAAGAUGUCUAUGAAACUUGAUUCCGGACUGGUAGUGGUAGACUUGUACAAUAACGGGGCUCUCUGCCUUUCGUUGACUAAUUCCCAAGCAGUGCCCGCCAACAACUGGUCGCUGGUUCAGCUUGUCUACACCACAGCCAUCAACACUGUCGCUCUGUACGUCAACGAAAGCGGCAACAGCAACGUCCUGAACUGUAGCCGAGGCUCAGCUCUAACUUUAAAUGGCACAAUCACAUUGGGUCAAGGUCAAAACAGCUCUGUUUACGACGCCGGUUACCAUGGCAGCGCAGCAUGUCUGACAAUAUUCCAAGGAGUGCUGGACGCCCCUUCGGCAAUGUCCAAGACGAGGGAACGCUGUAUCACGCUAAACAAAGUCGUUGUCCCUGCAGCACCUUGCAAUAAAACAACAAGCUUGAAGCGUGGAAAAUUCAAGAUGGUGGCGGAAAAUUUGAAACCGGAUGUUGGUCUUAAACUAUCAGUCGAAGAUAUGCCAACAAGGUCGCUUGUAGACUGUUCUUCCAGAUGCCGGCAGGUGAACUAUUGCCGAUCAGUGACUUAUAAAAAGCUCAACGCUUCCUCGCAGUGCAGCCUCUAUGACUAUGUGACAAAACAAGGAUUGAUGAGUGACACAGGAAGUAGAUACUACGUGAUAACAGAGACUUAAAGAUCUAACUACGUGAUGACAGAGACUUAAAGAUCUACUAAAAGUAUAGUAUAUAACUUUGUUAAGAGUGGUAUGAAUCUGAAAUAAAAAAAAGUGAGGCAAUACUCGUAUUUUGCAGACUGUGAUUAUUGAAAUAUUUUAUACAUGUGUAACUUUUACUACACCAAUAGAUUAGAGUUACCAGACGCCUGCAUGCACCAGGAUAAAAAUGAGGACCAAAAAAAAACAACCAUAUAAACGUUAAAAACUACGCUUAGACUUUCAUUUAUGAACCAUAUCGCUAAAUACACUUCCAUUUAU